UGGAGCGCAGGCACAAUCGUGUCGCCAGGGCUUCCCCAUGAGACAAACACCACGUGAGCAAAGCUCCCUGAGCUGGAGAGGGUUUUGGAGGGGCCAACCCUCCCCCGUUUAACCCCUUCCUGGAGUUUGCUCUCAGUUACCCCCGAAUUAAUACAACAAAACAGUACAAAGCCAACCCAGCCAGCAGGCUGUUGUCGCAACCCCCUCCCAUUGCAGCCUCACACGCCCGCAUUCCAACUGGGCGGGCGCAGAGUCGCCAGCCAGGCUGCCGGGCAUCUCUAUGGCAACAGAAUCAACAGCUGCAGAGCCUGCCGGUGGCUGGAAAGCGCCUUCGGGGGCUGAGCGGGGAGGAAGUGGGCGGUUUAGGACAUGGCUUUCUUCGGGUUAACAUUCCUGGGGUACCAGGAGCCCUUCCGGGAGAGAACACUAGCAUUAGAAAAGCCUGACACAACAGGGCCAAAGCCGCUCAAAGGGGGAUUGUUUCACCCAAAGCUCCCCCCCAUCGGCCCGGGGCGCUUUGAUGGCACAGUGCACCAGGGGAGCUACACCCGCUACCGCGAGGCUGUGAAACAGAAUCAGCUCCAGAGAUCCCCCAACCAAGUCUUCAGGGUCCCAGUGACCUGUGCACAGGACUGCAGCUGGUGGCUGCCCAGGGAUCCCAUGGUCCGAGCAGAGGAGGCCACCCCCUGGAUGACGGUGCCGAGGCAUCCCCUGAUAAGGAGCCCCAUGACCAGGUUUGUGGACAGCAUGGGCCUGAGCAACCCCCAUUUCAGCCUGUUCUGAGCACCCCCGUGGGACCCACCGCCGGGCACGUCUGGCCUUCCACGGACACGGAGCAGCCCCGGGUGCUGGAGCCUGGCAGGCACCAGGGCAAUAAAGCGAUCGAGGCAAUUGGGCCCAGGACCAUGAUUUCAUGGGGAGGCGCCAGGCGCUGGGGUCUC